UUGCGAUGUGGAGUAGGAUUUGAAGACCGUUUCUACUAGAUGCGGCCGUGAAGAGUUGUUAAAGCAAAUUGUGCGUUCAUUUUAUGAAUCAAGUGAGAAAUGCAAUUAUUGUUUUAUUGAGUUGUGCUCUAAUUUCGUAACUGUUGAGGUGACAUCCGCCGGGAACAGGAAAUUUAUAACAUGCGAUCUAGACAAAUGAACACUCUAAGAUGUUGAAUUGGGACAAUGUCGAACCCUAAAUACUCUCCAAGACCUCGAAAGCUGUUUCUACAACCAGGAGUUCUUGAGGACGAGGAAGAUGUGAUAAGCGAAAGAAGUUUCGCUGGUGGUAAUCUGUUAAGUCCACAUCCUUACAUUGAGAUUACUCCUUCGGCAGCACACAACCUAUCUAGGAUCUCCACACAAACAUCACUUACCCAUGUUGCCGUCAGCAGAUUGGACAGUGGAAGAACGGAAAGGAGAACCUUCCGGAACAACACCAGCAGAAAACUAAGAAAACGCGCCAUCUUCAAGAAUGGCGACUGCAACAUCAUCCAAUCCAGAAUCGAGAACAAAAGAAGGCUUAGGUUCCUCCAAGACCUCUUCACGACAUUGGUUGAUGCCCAGUGGAGAUGGACCCUCAUCGUCUUCUCCAUAGCCUUCCUAGGAUCCUGGUUGGGCUUUGGUCUCAUCUGGUGGCUGAUUUCCUUCACUCAUGGUGACUUGGAAUACGAACAUUUGCCAGAUAAGCAAGAAGAAUCAGACUGGGUGCCUUGCGUAACACAAAUCUACGACUACACUUCUUGUUUCUUGUUCAGCAUAGAAACCCAGCACACUAUUGGUUAUGGUGGGAGGUCCACAACUGAAGAAUGCCCAGAAGCCAUCUUCAUAAUGUGCCUGCAGAGUAUAGUAGGUAUGAUGAUCCAAGCCUUCAUGACUGGCAUAGUCUUCGCCAAAAUGACCAGACCAAAACACAGAACCCAGACCCUGCUCUUCUCGAAGAACGCUGUGGUUUGCCAAAGGGACGGCAGCCUGUGCCUUAUGUUCAGAGUUGGAGACAUGAGAAAGAGUCACAUCAUAGGUACCAAUGUACGUGCCCAACUUAUAAGACCAAGAAAAACGAGGGAGGGGGAAAUACUGAAUCAAUUCCAAACGGAACUGACCAUAACUGCAGAUGGUUGUGAUGGUAACAUUUUCUUCAUAUGGCCUAUGACGAUUGUACAUACCAUUGACAGUUCUUCGCCCUUCUAUCACCUGUCGGCCAGCGAUUUGCUUCAAGAGAAGUUCGAGGUUGUGGUUAUGUUAGAAGGUACCAUUGAGAGUACAGGACAGUCCACACAGGCGAGGUCCAGUUAUUUGGCAAGUGAGAUACUGUGGGGUCAUAAAUUUGAUCCCAUAGUCAACUAUAACAAGGAAAGACAAGGAUACGAGGUGAACUACUCUAUGUUCGACAACACUCAACCAGUGGAUACGCCGCUGUGCUCAGGAGCUGAAUUAUCUGAGUUUUACAAACUCAAGGAUAUUGAUAUAAAUGGUACCAAUGAGGAAUUACUCGCAGUCGAAAUAAGCAAAGAAUGAAGAUAUUGAUAUUCCAACAAAAGAACAAGAUAACCAAGUAGAUGUAGUGAUUUUUAUUUAUUUUAUUUAUCGGACAAUUAUCUGAGAAUCUUAUCAAUAAAAGUAUUGACA